UUUUGUUUUUGUCGUUGUUGUUUUAAUCAAUUAUCAUUCAAGUGAAGACAAUGUCAUCAUCAUCAUCAACAUCAUCGGUAACACCGUUACAACCACAGAAAACCAUCACACAUGUUAUCUUUGAUAUGGAUGGUUUGAUUUUGGAUACGGAAACGUUGUAUGAAAAAGCCAUCAAUUCGGUAACGAAACGUUAUGGUCAUGAAUAUCCAUUUGAAGUGAAAAUGAAAACUAUGGGCCGUAUCGGUCCAGAAGGAUCACAAAUUAUUAUCGAUGAACUUAAAUUGCCAUUGACUGUUGAUGAAUAUUCUCGUUUGGUGGAUGAAGAAUAUCGAAAAGUUUUCACCGAAUUUGUUCCACUGAUGCCUGGCGCUGAACGAUUGAUUCGUCAUUUACACAACCAUGGAAUACCAAUAGCUGUAGCAACAAGUUCAAAAGCAUUUGCAUUCGAUUUGAAAACUAAACAUCAUCCGGAAUUAUUCCAGUUAUUUCAUCACAUAUUAAUUGCAUCGAAUGAUGCAGAAAUAGUACGUGGUAAACCAGAUCCACAAACAUUUCUAGUUUGUGCACGACGAUUUCAGCCACCAGUUUCGGAAUCACAAAUGUCAAAUGUUCUGGUAUUUGAAGAUUCAGUUGCCGGUAUUCAGGCUGCAAAUGCAGCCGGUAUGCAAUCUGUUUGGGUACCGGAUCCACGUAUGCCAAAAAAUUCUGUCCAAUCAUCGUUAGUAUUGAAAUCAUUACAAGAAUUUAAACCCGAACAAUUUGGUUUACCACCUUUUGUUGAAUGAAACCAAAAUCUUUGUCAAAAAAAAUUUAAUUAAUUUAAUUUAGAAUUUAAAAAAAAAAU